AUGGAGAAUACUUGCAGAGUUCCCAAGUGGGUUUUGGUGUUUUGCAUGGUCGGGUUUUUGUGUUCCGGGUUUAUCCAGUGCGGCGUGACUUAUGAUAAGAAAGCCAUUGUGAUUAAUGGGCAGAGAAGAAUUCUCAUUUCUGGGUCCAUACAUUAUCCCCGAAGCACCCCAGAUAUGUGGGAGGAUCUAAUUAGCAAAGCUAAAGAUGGAGGCUUGGAUGUAAUUGAAACCUAUGUCUUCUGGAAUGUUCAUGAGCCUACUGAGGGCAAUUAUAAUUUUGAAGGAAGAUAUGAUUUAGUGAGGUUCAUGAAGACCAUACAGAAAGCUGGGUUGUAUGCCAAUCUCCGCAUUGGUCCUUAUGUUUGUGCUGAAUGGAACUUCGGAGGAUUUCCAGUUUGGUUGAAAUAUGUCCCGGGCAUUAGCUUCAGAACAGAUAAUGAGCCUUUCAAGAUGCAUAUGGAGCGGUUCACGAAGAAAAUUGUUAAUCUGAUGAAGAGUGAAAAUCUCUUUGAGAACCAGGGUGGGCCUAUCAUACUCUCUCAGAUUGAAAAUGAGUAUGGACCCCAAGUUAAGGAACUCGGUGCUCCUGCAUAUAAAUACAUGACUUGGGCUGCAAACAUGGCUGUGGAAACGGAUACAGGGGUGCCUUGGGUUAUGUGCAAAGAAGAAGAUGCUCCAGAUCCUGUGAUCAACUCAUGCAAUGGAUUCUACUGUGAUGCAUUCACUCCUAACAGACCAUACAAACCAACUCUUUGGACUGAGGCUUGGAGUGGGUGGUUUACGGAGUUUGGCGGACCAAUAUACCAGAGGCCAGUUCAGGAUUUGGCAUUUGCUGUCGCUCGGUUCAUACAAAAGGGUGGAUCAUACUUCAAUUAUUACAUGUAUCAUGGAGGUACCAACUUCGGGCGGUCUGCUGGUGGUCCAUUCCUGACAACUAGCUAUGAUUAUGAUGCUCCACUUGAUGAAUAUGGAUUGAUCAGGCAGCCAAAAUAUGGUCAUUUGAAGGAGCUUCAUAGGGCCAUUAAGCUAUCUGAACGAGCUUUAGUUUCAGCUGAUCCUACUGUCACCUCUCUAGGUAGCCUUCAACAGGCUCAUGUAUUCUCCUCAGAAACAGGGGACUGUGCAGCUUUUCUAGCAAACUAUGACCCCAAAUCCGCUGCAAGAGUGAUGUUCAAUAACAUGCAUUAUAACUUACCUCCUUGGUCAAUCAGCAUCCUCCCUGAUUGCAGAAAUGCGGUUUUUAACACUGCCAAAGUUGGAGUCCAAACUUCCCAGAUGGAAAUGCAACCUAGUAACGCUGAAAUCUUUUCUUGGGAAACAUUCAAUGAAGAUUUGAGUUCUUUGGAUGACAGUUCUGCAUUUUCUGCUCCUGGACUAUUGGAGCAGGUAAAUGUUACCAGGGACACAACCGAUUAUCUUUGGUACACCACAAGCAUCAAUGUUGGUUCAUCUGAGUCAUUCCUGCAUGGUGGAAAGCUUCCAACUCUCAUUGUGCACUCAACUGGCCAUGCUUUGCACAUAUUUGUUAAUGGGCAACUUUCGGGUUCUGCUUUUGGUACUCGGGAGAAUAGAAGAAUUACGUACAAUGGAGAUGUCAAUCUUCGAGCUGGAGCAAAUACAAUAGCGUUGCUCAGUGUCGCUGUUGGACUCCCAACCAGCUACACUACCAGACAUUUCGAGACUUGGAACACUGGGAUAUUAGGACCAGUGGCCCUGCACGGACUUGACCAAGGAAAAUGGGACUUAUCCUGGGCAAAAUGGACCUACCAGGUGGGGCUAAAAGGAGAAGCUAUGAAUCUUGUUUCUCCAACUGGCAUAUCAGCUGUUGAGUGGAUGCAGGGGUCGCUGAUUGCCCAAAAGCAGCAGCCCUUGACCUGGCAUAAGGCUUACUUCAAUGCACCUGAUGGAGAUGAACCAUUGGCUUUGGAUAUGAGCAGCAUGGGAAAAGGUCAAGUGUGGAUUAAUGGCCAGAGUCUGGGAAGAUACUGGACUGCAUUUGCCUCUGGAAAUUGUAACGGAUGCAGUUAUUCCGGGACUUUCCGUCCUCCUAAGUGUCAGCUUGGCUGUGGUCAACCAACUCAGCGAUGGUAUGCCUCCUACGGCUGGCUAUAG